AUGUUCCCACUGGACUCGGUGCCGGGGCGUGAUGUCACGGUGACAGAGAUUGGGAACGGUGCCAGGCACGGUCUCAGUCCGUCGGUGGCUGACUGCAAUAAGUCCCUUACUCCUUACAAUACUCUGCAGCUCAGUCCCAAAGAUAAAAUGCAAAUGAAAUCGACAAAGCCUUCCAUGUCAAAGACUUCCAUUCUCAAAACUUUUAGCCCAGUUGUGAAGGAGUGUGACUCUGGUGUGCAUGCUCUCUCCCACUGUCUUUUUGACAGUGUGUGUAACUUAAUUGGCAGGAUUUCACUCCACUCCCUUGUCUAUUUCCUCUUCUCAGACUCUCUCUUGGCAGCGGCAGCCCUGACAUUGCUCGUCGGGACCAAAGCUGUCCCCCUCCCAGAUUCCUCCGGGGAAGAGGAACUUGUUGAUGAUCCCUUGGACUCGCUUGCCAGAAGCCCCUUGCUGCCUGAUUGUGAAUCCCUGGCAUGGCUGCUGCACAGCAAAGCGGCCAAGCUGAAGGACGAGAUGUGUGAGAAGUUUACUGUGUGUGACAGCAGUAUGGAGAUGCUUGCCCAAAACAAUCUGAACCUCCCCAAGAUCACAGAGAAAGAUGGAUGUCUACUCUCUGGAUUCAAUGAGGAAAAAUGCUUGAGAGGAAUCUCCAGUGGACUUUUUACAUUUCAGACAUACCUGGAAUAUGUACGAGAAACAUUUAUUAGUGAAAAGCAAAAAGUGGAAUCCAUAUGUUAUGGUACAAAGCAUCUGGCAAAUACUGUGAGGCAGAUGGUGAAAAAUCCUGAUGCAGUGAUCAUGCCAGACCCAGCUACCCAGAGCACACUUUUUGCAAAACUGAAGUCAAAUAAAAAAUGGAUAGAGAAAAUCAGCACCUAUCUCAUCCUCCGAGACUUUACUUCAUUCAUGGAGAAAACUGUGAGGGCUGUUCGAUAUCUGAAAAACACCAGAAAUCUCAGUGUUUGAAUGUUUUAAUUCAGGCACAUUUCUUCAUCACAAAAUCUGUCAUGUGGCAGAUGAUG